GUCAGCUAUUUUUCUUUUAUAAUUGGGUGGCGGCUCUUCAUAUUUUCCCGGGCGAAAAUGGACGCAUGAAUAUGAGUGGAGACACCAUAACUCUGCAUUGACAAAGCUCUCUUUCUCCAUAAAAGCAGUUUAUGAACUUGAAAUGACUAACGGAAAGCGGAAAACACUCCAUGACUUCUUUCCUGGAUCUGAUGUAUCAAGGAAGGGGAAAAGUCAUGAAUGUGGACCAAGAAAUGCAAAUCUUAGGGAUGAGAGCAGUACUAAUAUUGGGGAGGAGCAGGUUAUCUUUGAAGAAACAGCUUAUCGUGGUUUGGCAAAGUUUUUCUGUCAAUCCGGUACACCUCCAAAGUCGGUAGAAGAUAGGUACUUCAAACAAUUAAUAAGUUAUCUUAAUCCUAAAUUUCGUCCUUCAUCUGCCAUUCUCUCACGGUAUUGCUUGAAAUUGUAUGAUGAAGAGAAAGCAAAAGUUAAAGAAAUUUUGAGAAGCUUGAAUGGACGAGUUAGCCUCUCAGUUGAGAGGCUAAAAUAUAACAAAUUCAAUGACUUUGGCUACUGCUCUACCUCAGAUUUUGGAGGAUCUUUUUCUGAUUUCAUUUGCUUAAGAGUUCAUUUCAUUGACGAAGACUGGAAGCUAAGAAGUUGGGUUGUUAGUUUUAGGUCUCUUGAUGCGUAUGGAGAUUAUGUUGGUGAGACGAUUCAGUGUCUUUCAGAUUUUGGUAUUGAAGAUAAAAUAUGUGCUGUCACUGUGCAUAGUUAUCUGGACUUUGAUGAGAUUGUUGAUGUCAUUAAAAGUACACUUCUUGAAAAGAAAAGACUCCAGCUAGAUGGACAAUUUUUUCGUGUAUCUUGUAAUGCAGACAUUUUUAGUUCAAUGGUGAAAAAAGCAUUUGGGAUGAUAGAGGAUAUAAUCAGUGACAUUCGUCUCAUAGUAUUUUGGGGCAAAUCACUACCAGUGUGGAAUGUGACAUUUCAUAAACUACAGGAAGCAUUGGAAUUAGAGGCCAAAGGAGAAUACUUGAAAAAAGAUGAUUAUAAGGAUUUUGAUAUACCUUCUCCCCAAGAGUGGGAAAAAGUUAAGGGAGUAUGUAAACUUGUAGGACAUGUCUAUACUGCAGCAGAAGUGUUAUUUAUGGAAAGACGACCCAGUGCAGGCCUUUACUUCCACAAUCUUAAUAAGCUUCGAUUUAAUCUGAUGAAAGAUUCUGUGAGUUCAGAUGAAUUUGCUAGAAAUUUAGCCAAUAUUAUGCUGAAAAAGUUUGGCAAGUAUUGGACACAUAUGUAUUUGGUGUUGGCUCUAACUACUAUUAUGGAUCCACGCUACAAAGUGAAGUACUUAGAGUUCUGUUUCUUGAAGUAUGAACGUAAUGAUCUUUUACCGCUAUCAUCUAUUUUGGAGGCCAUCCAAAGGCUUUUCGAUGACUAUGUGGUGCACAGGUCCUCAAUGGAGUAUCCUAUGAGCGAUUCAGAUUCUGAUACGGGUGAAGAUCUCAUUUCUGAUGAAUUUGGUACGAGUGAAGAUCUCCUUGAGCCAAUGGAAGUUGUUAAUGAUCCUAGUUUUGGAUUUGACUGUUCAGAUGAGUUUAGCAAAUUCAUCCAAACAACUAGUCAGCCACCAAAGUCAGAACUUGAUUGCUAUCUGGAAGAACCUAUUGUGCCUUGGACCAAGAACUUUGAUGUGCUGAGUUGGUGGAAAGCUGCAAGUCCCCGAUAUCCUGUCCUAUCAAAGUUGGCUCGUGAUCUUUUGUCAAUACAAUUGUCUCUUGUUACAGGCUAUGAUUCUUAUUACACUGAUUUGCGUGAACCUGAUAGAGAUAUGACAUCCGUGGAGCCAGAUUUAGUGAACGCCUUGAUGUCUACUAAAAGCUGGUUUGAUAAACAGCGUCGCAAUGCGAUGAAAGCUGAGGUGCAGAAUAAUUGAUUUUGAGAGUUCACUUUUUUUUUGCUGGAAGUUUGAGAUUUCUAGAAGACAUGAUCAGGAUCACCAACUAGCCAGAAUCUUUUAUGGGAUGUACAUACACAUAUAUAGUAGAAAUCUACCUAAUCUACUGUGAUCAUGCUAGCUACUCGUUGUAUAUUAUUGUAGCUACUUCUUUUGGCCGGAUAUUUAGAUAGGCAUAGAAUCUUUGUUUCUUCAAACGUUGAGUGAAGUCAAUAGUGUUCAUAGGGAGAAUAUCCGAUAAUCUAAAGGAUGAAUAUGAACUUAUCUUCCUCUGGUAUCUGAAUUAUGC